AAUGUUUUUUGUUAAACAAAUGAAAUUAACAUGUGUGUGAGACGACCGCUCGUGACUGUGGUGCGCGCUGGACGACAUAGCUAUGCCAGCGGACUGAAGUUGCAACAGCUGCUGGCGAAGUCCACACAAAACUUGGGCGAGUUCGCUGAAUUUCGCAAUUACAUCGUUCUCCAGGAACACGAUCCUGUAUACACCAUAGGAAUUCGGAGCAAGAGUUAUACGAAAGACGAUGAGGAUCGGCUCCGAAAAUUGGGAGCAGAAUUCCAUCGCACGGAUCGUGGUGGUUUGAUUACGUUUCAUGGGCCUGGUCAGCUGGUUGCCUACCCCAUUCUCCACUUGCGGCAAUUCAAGCCGAGUAUCCGCUGGUAUGUGGCCGCCCUGGAGCGCACGGUAAUAGAGACAUGCCGACAGCUGGGUAUUCCAGAUGCUACGACCACACAGGACACAGGCAUUUGGGUGGGUGACCACAAGAUCUGUGCCAUUGGCGUGCACGGCUCUCGUUAUGUCACCACACACGGAAUUGGCUUGAAUUGCUGCACUGAUCUGAAGUGGUUUGAGCACAUCAUCCCAUGUGGAAUCGAGGGCAAAGGUGUAACCUCCCUCACCAAAGAGCUGGGCAGGCACAUUGGCAUCCCGGAGGCCAGUACUGCCUUUCUCAGCAGUUUUGCCAGCAUUUUCGACUGUCGUGUAGCAGAGCAGGCCGAUGCGGUGGCACGAGACACAAAUUAGCUUAUCGUUUUUUCGUUUUGAUUGUGAUUUCUCUAGGAUACAAAUGUUAAAGAAUACAAAUCCUAUACAAGAUUUA